CUCUCUCUCCUCCCUCUAACUUAUCUUUAACUCAAACCCAAUACCUUGGUUCACUCCACCGCUCUCCGGUCAACGCCUAUGGCGUUCAUGUUUCCCGCAGUUCAAUACGAACGCUACAAGUCAACGCGCCUCCUCUCUCCCCUUCUUCUCUCUCUGUCGCCAUCCCCAAUUCUCUUCACCGAAUUUUCUGCCAUGCUAUUCCCAAUAUAGCGCUCCCUCCCUCAUCUCGACUGCUCCGAAACUCUUCACUUUCCUCUCUUCCUCUCUCACCAUGGGCAACGGCUCCGCGAAGCUGAUGCACUGCUUCUCCGGCGACGCCCGCCGCCGCCAUGUCGCCGCCGCGGUCACGUCGGAGCCCUACGACGAGGGCCUUGGACACUCCUUCUGCUACAUCCGACCCGACGCCCUCGCCGCGGCCUCCACGGCCUCCUUCAAGGUCCAUCACUCCGAGGAGACCACCACCUUCCGGACCAUCUCCGGCGCCUCCGUCAGCGCGAACGCCGCCACUUCUCUCUCCACUGCCCUUGCCGACCUCGUCUGCCCGCCCGCCGCCGCUGCCGCCUUCGAGAGCUCCACCUCCUUCUCCUCCGUUCCCCUCCAGCCCAUCCCCCGCUUCUCCUCCGGGCCCCUCUCCGGCCCCAUCGCCCCCACCGACGGGGGAUUCCUCUCGGGACCCAUAGAGAGAGGAUUCAUGUCCGGCCCUCUUGACCACCGUGCCGCCCUCUUCUCCGGCCCCCUCGACCGCGCUCCCUCCGGCCGCCUCCCCCGGAGCCGCUCCCACGGCCUCACCCUUCGCCACCGCUCGCGCCGCACCGCCGCCUCCCUCCUCCGUGGCCUCACGAAGGGCAUCGCCCGCACCAUCUCCUCCGCCGCCCACGUCAUCCCCGUCAAGAGGCCCAAAGAGUCCAAUCCUUUCGGCGACCGAGGCGGCGGAGGCGAUGACUUCAUGCAUCCGAUCUCUAGCAGUGGCCGCAACAGCGUGGAGGGUGGCGAGGAUUCUGAUUUGUUCAGCGCCCAGGGCAGCAGUCUCCAAUGGGCUCAGGGUAAAGCAGGGGAGGACCGAGUCCAUAUCGUCGUCUCGGAGGAGCAUGAGUGGGUCUUCGUCGGGAUCUACGAUGGCUUCAACGGCCCUGACGCCACCGAUUACCUCCUCUCCAAUCUUUAUUCCGCCGUGCAACGAGAGCUCAAGGGCCUCCUUUGGGAAGACAAGCUUGAAGGACUCUGCGAGCCCUCCGAUGAUCCAGUCACCGCCAUCAUCACUGCCGUCGAGGAAUUCGAUCCAUCGACGGCAACAGAGACGACUGCGGCUGAGGAACGUCGGAAGGAAGGGAAGCAGAGGAAGGGGAGGAAAGUUCGAGGGUCGGCGAACAAGCGUUUGGAGUCCCAGAGGAGGUGGAGGUUUGAGUGGAACAGGGAAUCACGGGAGCUUGAUAGGACAUUAGAGGAGCAAUUGAGCCAAUCGAGCUCGUGGAAUGGUGCAGUGAACCAUGUGGAGGUGCUGAAGGCUCUUUUCCAGGCUCUGAGGAGAACAGAGGAGUCUUAUUUGGACAUCGCCGAUAAAAUGGUCUCAGAGAAUCCCGAGCUGGCACUCAUGGGCUCAUGUGUUUUAGUGAUGUUGAUGAAGGGAGAGGAUGUGUAUCUGAUGAAUGUCGGCGACAGCCGAGCAAUUUUGGCACAGAAGGCAGAGCCAGAUUCGUGGAGUUCGAUGGCGAAGGAGAGUCAGGACUUGGAAAGGAUUAAUGAGGGGAUGUUGAAUGUUCUUGAAGCUUAUGACUGCAGGAUUCCAAUGGAUGGAUUGCCAAAUCUGGCAGCCCUGCAGCUUACUAUAGAUCACAGCACCUGUGUUGAAGAGGAAGUUCGUAGAAUAAGGAAUGAACACCCUGAUGAUGCUUCUGCCAUUGCGAAUGAUCGUGUGAAGGGUUCAUUGAAGGUCACACGAGCAUUUGGGGCCGGCUUUUUGAAACAGCCCAAAUGGAACAAUGCACUUCUGGAGAUGUUCAGAAUUGAUUAUGUUGGAACCUCUCCAUACAUCUCAUGCAAUCCCUCUCUUUAUCACUAUAAACUCAGCCCAAAGGAUAGAUUUUUGAUAUUAUCAUCCGACGGGCUUUACCAAUAUUUCACCAAUGAGGAAGCAGUAGCUCAAGUGGAAAUGUUCAUUGCAACGACUCCCGAAGGUGAUCCUGCUCAACACCUUGUCGAGGAGGUCCUUCUCCGUGCAGCAAAAAAAGCUGGCAUGGACUUCCAUGAACUACUGGAAAUUCCACAAGGUGACCGUCGACGAUAUCAUGAUGAUGUCUCCAUCAUUGUUCUCUCUUUGGAAGGAAGAAUAUGGAGAUCCUGCAUGUAAAUAUAGAUACAGAUGAAAAAGAAUUGUUAGAGAUCCAUAGAAGAGUUAAAAGGCUUUUCUGUUUUUUCCUGUUUGCGUUUGUACCAUAACAGAUCAGCUCUGGGGAAGUGUCAGUGCCCAUGUAUCAAAAAGUGGCAGGGAACAAAGGUACAAAGCUGCUUCAAGUCAAUUCAAACUGUUAAAAUGAGGGUGUAAUAUUCUAUAAGUGGUUCUCUCUGAAAGAUUAAUUAUUCAAUUAAUAAUUCAUGUUGUCCUAA